AUCUAUGAAAUGUUUUUGUUUUGCUCAAUUUUUGUGUAUCUCAUGUCGUUUCAUAAUAAAACACAAAAAAGGUGGGGAAUUAUUGGCUGAAACAAGCAGAUGUCAAUCGAAAAAAUACGAUCGGAGUGCACCGCGUUACCAAAGGGCUGGUACAAAGAGGAAGUAAUACGACAAUCGGGACUAUCGGCCGGGAAGUCGGACGUGUAUUAUCACAGCCCGGACGGCAAAAAGAUACGCAGCAAGCCACAGCUCGCGAGAGAAGUAGGAGACAUGAUUGAUCUAAGUGCAUUCGAUUUCCGCACUGGAAGAAUGCUUAGCGGUGUGCUCAGAAAGAGUAAGAGACUGAAAGGUACGCAGUUUGACUAUGCGCGGGGCGUGAGAAAUGACGCCAGCCUGGUCCCACCGAUCAGGCAGACGGCCUCUAUAUUCAAACAGCCAGUGACGGUCGUGAAGACUCAGAAUAGCCGAGUGAAGUCGGAGUUGAAACACGGUCCACAAGACAAGCCAAAGCAGGUCUUCUGGGAGAAGCGGUUACAGGGUUUACAUGCAAGUGAUAUAAAUGGAAAUGCCCUCGAAUCUCUGAACCUGCCACACAAUUUCAAAUCUGUUGGACCACAUGUGGAGAGUGAUACACUAUUACAAAGUAUUGCCACGUCCUUGCACACAAGUGGACAACCCAUUACAGGACAGACAGGUUCCAAAUCGUCACUCGAUAAGAAUCCUGGAGUGUACUUGAACCCUGAUCAACCCCUCAUGCAGGCGCUCAUGGUGAGUGAGGAGGACAUCAAGCGACAGGAGACGAAGGUGCUGGAAGCGAGGAAGCGGCUCGAGAAAGCCCUGCAGGUGUUUGCCGAGGCGUAGAGAUGCCGCAGUGGCGCCCCCACGUAGCCGAGUGACGCAUGAGAUGGCCUUGAACUUUUCUGGACACACGACCUUUUAUUUUCGAUCUCUUUUCGAGUCACUCGGUUGCGUGCUUUUGAAGCUUCCAGCAGUGGUAUCUUCAUAUGUGUAACUAUCGUGGAAAUCUCGCGGUGACUGGACGGUGGUGCCACCUUCUGGGCUUCAUGCAAACUCGCGUGGCAGGCAGUCUCGUUUUCGGUUUCCGCGUGCGUAGCUGCGCCGACGGGGGGACGCGCCAACGAGAAAACGGUGACGAAACACAGGAACGCGAAAAAGAAACUAUUCGUGGUUGCGAGCAAUGCGGAUAUUAUGCGAUGUGACGACAGAAGUGUCUGUGGAGGUAGAUUAUCGGUGGGCCUCGCGACGCAGCUUUCGCAUAUGGCAAUGGCUUGCCAACACGGUUGCGGCGCGAGCGUGUGCGAGAAUUCUGUUGAAGCGUCUCUGGCCGCAAGAAUGCCGCUGCCGCAGCGUGUCCGGCCGGUCAGCACAGACGCCGACCCUCGGUCGAGGUCAGAGGUCAACGGAAUACGUUCCGAGGUUCGGGCGAGCAGAUGCCGACGUGCCGGCAAUAGAAUGUACAUACUUCACGUGCGGACGUACGUCAGUAAUCCCAAUAUCGUAGUGGUAAGGGGACGCGACGGUUUGUUUUAUCGCUCUCGAGGUAGCUACACGUAAUAGCUGCUGCUCAGCAGGCAGGCGGUCGUAGCCAGAAGGGCAGACAGACGUGCUUAAUCAGUUUCCCCGCAUCAAGCAGCGUGGCCUCGAGCACCAGGUUAACGCGCACAUCUAUGUUAUCGUUAGUUUGCCGGAAUGUGUCUAUCUGUGCGGAGAGAAUAUGAACGGGAAGCUUAUAUUACUGUGUCUCGCUGCUAGGGAUUACUGGAGGGUUUUGCCACUGUUCAGUUACUCUCAAUCAGGGGCCUAACACUUAUGUUUGCACCCCCCGGGGCAGGCGGGAGGUUUGCGAGCGACAGGGGGGAGCACUGUAUGAAAGCACGCGAUUUUCUUUUUUUUUGUAGCGCAUUCAUAGUGAAAUAUUUAUUGCUCCCACGCUGCGUCAUGCACGUAGCAGAAAAUGAUUGAUUGUGUAAAUUAUUAAAGGUAGUAGUAACGCGAUUAUUCGACGCUGUAAAUCGGAAGCAAUUGAGUUUGCGCUCGCUCAUGCGGGCGACGUGCGGAGAGGAGGACAGCGCGCGCUCGCAGUGAAUGCUCCCGUGUCAUCCCACGCUGUCCGUUAUUAACUCGCAGCAUCGCGAUAUCUUCUGUCGGCGCGGAUGCCACGGCGACGGGAAGCGUGAAGCCGUUGUCGUCGUUUGCGCAUUUUUGAGGGGGGGGUUUUUCUUCGCAUUUUUUUCCCGACUGCUGUAGAAAGUGUGACUAUAGUUCCGCUGGUGUUUCGCGGCAAUUGGUCGUCUUUGUUUUGAGCUGGGGGGUGGGGGGAGGCUAUGAAACCGCAUGUGCUAGCAUUGAAGUUUGCGUGCGGCUGCUGAUAAGUUUACAUGCAUGCCCUUGCUUGGGUCGUCCUACGAAUAUUCGUCUGCCUCACCUGUCAGCCGUCUACCUUGGAGAAGGUUAUAGCUGAUGAUCGUCGAACAUAGCUAUUGGUCCUGGAGUAUAGCGAUGGGCCUUGAGCAUAACUGAUGAGCAUGGAGCAUAGCUAAUGUACAUAAAGCAUAACCAAAGGGCAUGGAGUAUAGCUUAUGAUCCUGGAGUAUAGCGAUGGGCCUUGAGCAUAACUGAUGAGCAUGGAGCACAGCUGAUGUACAUAAAGCAUAACCAAAGGGCAUGGAGUAUAGCUUAUGAUCCUGGAGUAUAGCUGAUGAUCCCGGAGCAUAACUUAUGGCAUGGAGCAUAACUAGUGGCAUGGAGCAUAACUUAUGGGCAUGGAGCAUAACUAGUGGGCCUGGAGCAUAACUGUUUGUCGUGGAGCAUAACCAUAAAACUACAAUGCUUUUUUUGCUCAGUCAGCGUUUCACUUUUUUAACUGUCGCAGUGGGAAAUGGCGACUGGAGGACCAGCGGCGCCAUGUGCUUGUUAAACAUUGUGUGAGGUUGUUCUGCUCCUGGGCUUGUUUGGUGAAUUGUGAUGGGAAAAUUGCUGGCGGGCGUGUAGACGAAAGUUGCUGGAUAAGCGCGGGCCGUGGUGCGUACGUAUGCACUACGGGACGUACACGUGCGAUCCUGCUAGCUGAAUGUUUCUGCUGCAAUUACACAGUAUGUUUUCAUUCUGAUUAUGGUAAUAAACACGAUUUUAUAGCAA